AACUAAGCAUCCCAUAUUCUAAGGUUUAAUUUUAUACGGUUAGAGUAUUACUAUUAUAUAGUGGCUUAUUUAUAUCACUGCUAUAUAGUCUUGUAGAGCACUACUGCAACUCUUCCUCCCUACCAUAAACAACUUCGUUCCAUAUUAAUUAGUUUUGAGCUUCUUUUCAUUUACCAAUAACUAUGGAUCCUACUGAUCACCAUUCUAAUAAUCUGAAGGCGGUUUCAACACUUUCUGAGGCUCAUCCUGAGACUAUGGACUUCCUUUCUAGUGCUUGGUGCAACUUUGCAGUCCAAGCUUUACAGCCCGAGUUUCACGAUGCUAAUGGAUCGUCCAUCCUUGUCCGAGAUAACACCAUGAAGAGUACACUUGAUAUGAAGAUGGAAAGGAAUAGUCCUAAGAUGGAUGAUAAUUCAGAUUAUAUGAAGUCAAUACCUCCUUGGAAAUCAAAUGAUGUUAAGUCUUGGAUAUGGAUGCAACAAGCAAUGCACCCGGAAUUAAACUACAAUAGCUGCUUUAAAAAGAAAUGGUUCAACUGGAAGAUGCCCUUUGGGAAUGUAUCAAUAAAGAAAUGGCUAAAAGAAGUAAAAGAAAAAAGAAAAGAGGAUAAAAGACUCCAAAAGGCCGAAGUACAUGCAGCCUUAUCCAUAGCUGGGCUUGCGACUGCGCUCGCGGCUAUAGCCGAAGAGACCUCUAAAGGACAACUCGAAUACGAGUCGAGCCCAGCAAGGAAAGCUGCUCUGGCUUCAGCCGCAGCUGUGGUGGCUUCUCAAUGUGCCCAAGUAGCUGAAUCAAUGGGAGCUAAGAGGGAUCAGCUUAGCUCUAUCAUCGGCUCAGCCAUGAGUGGAACUGGCACAAGUGAUAUCCUUACUCUUACUGCUGCCGCUACUACAUCGUUAAGAGGAGCAGCCACACUGAAAGCAAGGGCAGGAUGCAAGAAUAUGCUUAAUGGUGCACCAAUUCUGCCAAUUGAUGUGGAUAAUUGUAAGCUUGAUGAUGAUCUUGAUUUUGAGAAAGGCAGAGCUAUUUUGGCUAAGGGCGCUGAGCUCACUAUAGAGACUGCUAAUGGAAAAUGCAUGGUGAGGAUUGUCUCUCUACAUUUAAACAAUGAGGCAAAGGUGAUUCUGAAGAUUAUGAAACGCAAUUUGUUGAAUGUCAUCACAAACAAGAAGGAUUGUCUAGUUCUGGAUCUGCAUGCUGAACUAUAUAAGGAUGCAGCAGGAGAGGAAUUUGAUACAUGUUAUCGUAUCCUAUUAACGACGACUAGGGGACCGAUAAAAAUCGACAUGGCCGACGAUUACCAGCGUUACACAAUGUGGGCAACAACCAUCAAAAAAAUGUUGAUGUUGCCUCCUGCACUUACAAAAUAUGAACUUCAGUUCUGCAAAUUUUAAGAAAUUUUAUAUAUUGUUCCAAUCUUUUUUUUUUUAUGUGCUCUAGUCUAUAUAUUAUGCUUUUGUAUAAUUGUCACAGAUCCUACGUAGGAGAAUUUACCAGAAACCAGUUUCCAUUGUAAUAUUUUCACUUCAUUGCUCAUCCCGAUGUCAAUUAUAUAAGUAUAUCAGCUAUUUCACUCC